CUCUCCCCGCCCUUUCCGCUGCGCGCAGGGGGAGGAGCAGGCGGCGGCGGCGGCGGCAGCAGCAGCAGCUUCCCCGGCCGGAGCUGCCGUGCCGGGACCGGGGGAGGGGAGCGAGCCGCGGGCAGCCGCACCGCACCGCACCGCACCGCACCGCACCGCACCGCACCGCACCGCACCGUCUCCUGGGGCCGGGUCGCGCCCCGGCGGCUCCUCGGCGGGGCGGGCGGGCGAGGGCGCCCCCGCGCGGCGGGGCGGGAGCGGGCGGGCGCAGCACCAUGGUGCCCGCGCUGCCCCCGCGCCCCUCCGCCUGACCGCGCGGCGCAGGCAGCGCGCCCCGGCACCGCCAUGCAGCCGGCGCUCCGCUGACGAGCGCGGCUCCGGCUCUGGCUGCGGCUCGGGCGGCCCGGCGGCGGCGGCGGCGGCGCCAUGAGGAACGGCGAGGAGCUGGAGGGCUUCGAUGGCGAGGCGUCCAGCACCUCCAUGAUCUCGGGGGCCAGCAGCCCCUACCAGCCCACCACGGAGCCCGUCAGCCAGCGCCGCGGGCUGGGCGGCCUCCGCUGCGACCUGGACUACCUGCGCGGCGCCUUCGGCAGGAUCAAGCUGGCCGAGGUGGUUUUGGCACUGAUUGCAUUCAUCUGCAUAGAGACCAUCAUGGAAUGCUCCCCUUGCGAAGGCCUUUACUUCUUUGAGUUUGUGAGCUGUAGUGCAUUGGUGGUUACUGGAGUUCUGUUGCUUAUGUUCAGUCUAAACCUUCACACAAGAAUACCACAGAUCAACUGGAAUCUUACUGAUCUGGUCAACACUGGACUCAGCACUUUCUUCUUUUUCAUUGCCUCUGUAGUACUCGCUGCUUUAAACCAUAAAACUGGAGCAGAAAUUGCUGCUGUGAUAUUUGGUUUCUUGGCAAUGGCAGUGUAUGCUGUGAACACAUACUUAGCUAUUAAAAAGUGGCGAAUGAACGGCAGACAACAAAACAGUCGGCAGACCAGUGAUUACAUACGUGCUCGGACAGAAUCCAGAGAAGUAGAUCAUCGCCCUGAGAUUCAACGUCUGGAUGCAUGAACGUGACAUCCAAAUGGGACUGCAAAGGGAAAAGAGAGUGCUUAAUUUUCCCUCAUAGAGUAAAGGGUUUUUUCCCUUUAUUUAAGGAAGAAAAGGAAGAUGAGACUGUGGCAAAGAAUGACCAGCCCUGCAUAUGUGCAGAAGUGAAUUGAGUCAGAAGCUGUUGUCAUGAAGAGAGUAAAUGUUGGUCUGUGUAACACACACACACACACACACACACACACACACACACACACACACACACACACACACACACACACACACACACAAAAUGUUAAUAUUUUGGAUUAACUGCACAGUACUUCUCUUCCCCCUCCCAAGUACAAGCUCUGAUUAUGUGUGUUCUGCCACUGUUUCCUCAUCUACCAUAAACAUGAAGAUCAACACUAUAUUUCUGGUUAAUAUAAGAAAAAAGUUCACCAAAAGUAGAUUGGGGCAAAUAGCAAUAACUUUAGCAAUGUAUUGUUUCCAACAGCUCUCUGUAGCCUUCCUCAUGCAGCCUUGGCAGUGCAGUUCAAUUCUCAUCUGCAAGACCUCGUGCAGUUUCUUUGUUCGCGUACUUACAUAGCUGAAACAGCCAUUUCAUGUUUUUGGGUUGAGGGGUAUAAGGAUAAGGAAGCUACCCUGUGAAUUACUCUGAACUCGUCAUACUCAGCUCAUGUGUGAUAUUGGUCAGAUCUGAACUUGUGCAAGAUUAGCAUAUUUACUGAAUGGUCACCGUAAUGCAUCCAGUGCAAGUAUGUUGUUUUCUCCUAAUGUUGGGAUACAUGCUAUUUUUGUUCCAAAAUGGGUUGGGGUGGGGGGGAAUGCUUGGAGAGGGGGAGAGAGGGGAUGGAGGGGCACAGUGAUGAAGGCAAGAAAGAAGGGAUUUCUGAUGGACUUGCAUUCCAGUCAUAGGGUUUUUUGGUUUUUUUAGGCUCAACCUUUCUGAGAACUCUAGGGUGAGCAAGAACUAGCAAAAACUUAUGAUGUCUCAUAAAAUGUUUUGAAGAUUGCGAUAUUGUGAUUCAUGUAGGAAAAUACUUUUGGGGGGUUGUUUGUUUAUUCUAAAAUGAAAACUGUUGGUAGUAGGUAAAAACUGAUUUUCUUGAUUUGGGUGUGUCUGCAAAAUACUCUUCUAACAUUCCUUUGGAAAAUGGGUUUAGAUAAUUGGAGGAAAAUAUGGUUGUAUCAAUUUGUUUAUAAAUAGUUCUACCUAAUUGAAGUUUUCUUAUUUUUACAGUAUUUCCAGUGAAGAAGAGGUUAUUUUCUCUACUUAAAACUUGAAUUCUUUAGUAACUGGUUAGACAAUAUCAUAAUGGUAUUUGGAAGAUGUCCCUCAAUAUUUUCUCCUUUUAUGAUUGGUAUUUUUAUGUAUAUAAACCCUCAUUUGGCGCAUGCAUGCCUGCAUAUUACAUAAAGAAAAUGUGUGGGAAGAUGAUCUCUGGGGCUGAAUUCCUACCUGGUGUAAGCUGAUGAAAUCUUUGAAAUUAGUGGGAUCGUAUCCCUGAAUUACCACACAUGCCUGGAUUUAUCCCACAUGGGACUUGUACCCUCUUGGUACUGUGUUCUCAUGUAACGGUACCCCGAGUGGACGAACGUGGUCAAUUGGAAUCUUGCAAGCAAAAGGCAGUACGUGUCAGAUAGGUCACUUUUAAAUGCAACAUACAGGUUUUGAAAAGCAGUUAUAGGAAACAGAAGAUCAGUACAAAUGCCUGGGCUUGUUUUAAUAUUGGAGGAAACUGCGAGAGUACUGGAUGUGAACUUUAUGCUGCAAUGUUUGAAUCGAGCAACAGAGAAUUAUUCUGAUGUGUGAAAACCAGAUAACAAAACGGGUGUACUUCCACUAUUCAAUUUGUUGUCUACAUUUCACCUCAAUGGUUAAGACCGAGAUGAAAAAUACAGAGGACUUAGUAAUGAGUUUAAAGAAAACUUGCCUUUUUAACCCUGCAAUGGUUUCCCAGUUACUAUAUUCGACAUCUUAUUGUGUUUCAAUGAAAGCUGAUGCCAAAGGGAACACUGAUUUUAAAAUACCAAGCAAUACCAAGCCAUUCAAACUAAUCUCUGUUGUUGGAUUAAAACAUAGCCAUUUUUAUUAAGGUGACUUUUCAUUGGGACUACUGAGUGUCUCUAUAAAAAAUAAAUGGUUCAGUGUUCAGUGUAAUGAAGUUUAUAGCCAAUAUCCUGCUGUUUUUCAGCACUCCGUACCUAGUGCAGAGACAAAGUUUACAGGGAGAGUUUUUGGACCCUGUCCAUUAUUAAAAAAAUAAAAAAAAAAAUAAAAUAAACCAUAACUCCCAAGUAACACAGUCAGAUGUAGACUGGAAUUCUGAAUUGGUGCUAAAGCAGGCUGCACAAACAUUAUAAACAAAAAAACAACAACAAAACCCCUGCUCAAACGCAAAAUAUAGUCCUGCAGAAGGCUGAUGCUUUUAGAGUGAAAUUCUCCUCCGAAGCCAAGAAACAGAAGCGAUGUGAUACACAGCAAAGGCUUUUCCGUGUGAGCGUAUCCCGCUCGCGGCUCAGCGGAGGGACUGAAGUGGCGUGCAGCAGAACGCCCCUUCACUGCUCCGCAGCCACCGCGCUCGCUCUAGUCCUUCUGCUUUCUCAGAGGUUUGGGAUGGUCUCUUGCAUCUAUACGCUCGUGAACUUGGAGUGCUUCAAUGACUUUCACCUUUCCUUACCUAGAAAAAGGAGAACUUUGCAGAGCUUUUUCUGAAGUAAGAUUAUGAAAAGCUUUUGACUUUUUGCUUGAAAGGCAAAUGCUUCUUAACUGGUAUGAUCUGUAUGACCUCAAGUGCUUUUACACGUGAAAUGUAGUUGUCUUCAGCUGACAACAGUAUGCCAUUACCUGUUACUUAAUGACUUCAGCUCAGCACAGCUUUCAGGGUAGAAUUAGAAAAGAAUAUGAAUUUAAAAAAGAUACUAUCUGAUACACUUUGUAGACAAGAAAAGAAAUGUAAAUUUGUAAUUUUCUUAUUUUGGGGACCAAAGAUGAUUUUAGUGUUGUACAGUAUAUACUUUCUAAAGAUCUAAGUUAAGGAUUUAUUAGUCUACGGAGACGUUAUUUACUGUUUGGAUUAUAGAGAAGGUAAAUACAGUAGAUAUGAGAUAGACAACUAAAUUUGAAGCAUUAAGCUCAUAUGAUAUAUACAUGGUUGAGUUUUUUCCAGACUUAAUUUUACACUGCAGUAUAUUGGAAAGAUGGUAAACAUUUUAAUAAAGACUGUUAUCCAAGCUGCAAAUACCAUUUAAAAAAAAAAUCUCUUAUGGAAGAAAAUAGGGCAGAAAGUUUAAUUUUUUGAAACUUUCUGAGAAAAGUCACAUUAAAUUGCUUCUCUCAGCCAGCUAGUCUUGCUUGAAAUUGCUGAGCAUAGAGGGAUAACUUACUUUAUCCCUUAAGAAUGCUGCUUGGCUCCACAGAGGGACCCAAAACACAGUGUAAAUAAAAUUAAAUUUAAGCUAAGCAGUUGAACCACAUAGGAAUGAGGUGCUUGAAACAGCGAUGGAGUUCUGGUUAUUCCUCUUAAGUAGAUCUGUGCCCUCAGAUAUGCAAUCUUAGUGUAUUUCUGUGUAUAGAAAUGAGGGCAAAUUUCACAACCCAUGUACAGAUAUUGAAAGAUGAAUUAAAUAAUAGAAAAUGAUUGGAGCAAUAGUAUAAUAAUUGUUGUAUAGUGUUGUAAGAGUAUGUAUUUUCUUUUAAUGCUAAGUUCAGUUUUGUCAGCCUUAGUUGAAGUUUAUCAUGCCUUCCUGUAAUGAUAUGCAAAUUGCCUACAAUAGAAGUAAGUACCUAAAACCAUAGUUAAGAACUAAUUUAACAAUUUAAUUGCUCCAUAGUAAAGGUGAUUCCUCCUUGCUCUCUACUUGUUCCUUUCAUUCCAUGUAUUCAUUCCUCAUCUAUCUUACAUUUUGAUAUUUUGUUUUUGUUAAUCCUUCUUCAUUGAUCUGUAUAGUGUCUGCUUCACUAUAAGGAAGAUAAUUAAAUGGAUGUUGGACAUACUAUCCUUAAGCAGAGUACUCUUCCCUUUUAUAAUAGUUUGUGACGUUUGGGCUGGACGUGCUGGGGGAAUUUCUGUUCUUUCCCCGGAACUUGGAAGCCAGCCGGCGCACUGCUCGUGGUGGGGCGCUCCCUGUUAGGGGCCGCGUGCUCAGAGAUUGAGAGAAUUAGAGACUCUUCUACCUCUGCCGCCUUAGAGAAACAAGGUACUGACUCUUGAGAUCCGAUGCCUGAAUUUGUCUUGUGCUGUUCAUCGUUGUCCUUGUGUUCAGAUGUAUGGCAGCAGCAGCGAGCUGUGCUGUGGAAGCAGUUUGCCUUCUUUUGCUUAUAAGACUUCUCUUAGGUGUGAAUUUAAAUAAAAUCAGUGACAGGGAGUGCUUCUUCAUAGGCUUUGUCACAUCUGUGUUUCACAGUGCAUCUUGUCAUAUGGUUUAGAGUUGUUUUAUUUUCUCUGUAUUUCAUUGUUGAUUCUAGUAAGAGAGGGAAAUUGGGAAAACUGCCAGUCUUCCCUAAGUUAAUAUUUACUUUUUUCCCCCUUCUGUGAAUUACUUUGUACUAUAUGAUGAUUGCCCCUUCCUAAUAGUGCAGGCUUAGUGGUGUUAAAGUAGUACUGUUCUUUUUGCUAUUACAAAGAAUGCUGUAGACCAUAGCAGGAAAAUGAUCUGCUACAAGCUGAAUGUGAGCUGUUAUCAGUGAAUUAACCACUAGUUUUUCAUGAGCUUUGACGUUUGAGAUCUCUGAACAAAUUUUAUUUUUGCCACCUUUGUGCUGUUUUGGGGAUGUGUAGGCACAGCAAAUGCUUAUCUAAUACAUGGCUUUAUUAAUGCAGUCCUCUUUUUCCUCCUCUUUAGUCUUUGCUCUAUAUUUUCUUUUCCCAUGGCACCUUUAUAAACAUUCCUACCUGUUCUCUUUUGUGGAAGAAAUAAUGCUGUUCUAGGGUAUUGUUUCACAAACAGCCAAGUAGCAAUUCAAGUACUAUUGAAAAUAGCAUUCUCUCUCCUACUGCAGGUGAGAUACUAAACAGCUUUGUAUGUGGAAAUCAAAGCAUAAACAGCAGGUCUUGCACUUAAAGCUCUGGGGCCAGAAGUCUUCAGCAGAUAUUUAGGAUAAAUAAAUAGGCAGGCAGAAUCCAGUCGUGAAUUUGAGAUGUGAGAAAGAGUGGGAAGGGGAGAGAAAACCAGACUUGACACUUAAUAAUCCUGUGUUUUCAAAGUGAUGUGUGAACAUUAAUCCUUAAAUGGCGGAUUGCUCCUUCAUUUAACAGAGAAGGAGACAGACGCGCUGAAUCAGAAGUGGGCAUAGAAAUGUCUCCCCUUUGUUCCCGACUCUGGGGUCCUGGUGACAUUAAAACAGCCUGAGGUGGAGAGAUUCUGCACUGAUAGUGAUGAUAGAUUUGAAGAUACAUCUGAGGUAUGUUGUCAGAUGAGUGUGAUUAUCAGAUGACUUUUACUCAGUUGAGGUGUAGUUCUUGGCUCGCAGAGAGCUGCCGGACUUAGCUGCUUGCAUCCGAAGGAAGGGCUGCGCCUAUCUACAAGCAAGGGCAGAGAGACAGGAGAGAGGACGGGGACCUACAGGGAAGGACUGUGAUUUCUGGAGAGCUUUACACGCUGUGUAGUCCCACUGAAAUGAGUAAGGUGGUCAUGUAGCAUUUCUGAAAGUCGGGUGCUUAGUUGUCGUUCUGCAGUGGCAUGAAGUGGGGGAUUGUUUGAGGGCCCUUGGCCAGCUGAGAGCAAACAGACCGUGCAGAUACGGAGGCUGUGUUUGAACCUGUGUUAGACUGAAUGGCAACAGAAGUAAUCAUUUAAAAGUGAAACAAGUCGGUACAAAAAACAGCAGAAUGCUCUAUUUGCCUGGAAGUAAUGUUUGAAAAUAUUUUGUAGUAAUUAUGCCAUAUGCCUCUCUUUAUUUUAACAGAUGAAAUUGAUUACAAAUGAAUUUAUACAAAUAAUCAGGAAAUCUCUGGAUGCCCCUUCAGAGUUUUUCCCAGUAUACUGUUAUCCCUGUUAGCCACUUGGAUAGAUCUGUUUGAGAGAGUCAGCGGGGUGCUGUCCAACCUGAGUUUUUGUUGUUUUGGUCUUAUUUUUUGUGUUGUCUUUUUAAAACCUGUCUAUAACUUAACCAUUUGUAUUCUAAAAAUAAUCUUUAAAAAGCUGCUUACACUGUGAUUUAUAAUAUCCUUUAAUUUAGAGUAUACAACACAAUCUAAUUUUCUUUCACGAUACGCAGCUUUCAAAAGUGUUCUUAUCUUUGCCCGGAAAUGAAAGUUUUCUAUUUAUCAAAAAAAUGUGAUUAGAUAGUUACCUAUCCAGAAUCCCAGUGCAACUCUUUCAAAUAUGCUGGAUGAACGAGUUAGUGAAAUUGCCUUCUAAUCUCUAUGGGUUAAUAAAUAUUUUUUUAUAACUAGCCACAGAUAUUCCUUUUUAAAUUAUACUUGGCAAACAGAAGAUAUUUAAUUUUAUAUACAAUAUACAUAGUUACCUUGAUUGACAUAUUUAUAACAUAGAGCUUUGAGUUUACUAUGAAGGUUUUAUCUGUAUACUGUGGACUUCAUGGGUGAAAUUUUUAAAAGCCAGUUGGCAUAUAUGGAAGGAUAUGGAAACUAUCUUCAUAAAUUCAUAAUGAGGACAUAUGAGCAUUUCAAAAAGCAAUAGCCAGAUCUUAUUGACAGGGUAUCUGGGUUUUUUUUUGUCUUUGAUCAGGGCUGGUCCCUACAGAUAUUUUAAUAACACCUGGAUGUGCGUAACAGUGAAAUAUGACCAUCUCUGCCUCUUCUGACUGUCAAGGACCGUUGUCUACAGUAUGGUAAAUUUCAGAAUAUUGUGUGUGUUUUGCUUUGGACAAAUGUCUCAAUAGACAUAUAUUUAGGUAAAACCUCAUGUGUUUGAAAGAAAAUACCCUCUAUUAACUAGGCUGAUUUAUUGCUUUUGGUAACCUUUUAAUUCCAAAAGUAUUGUAGUUUAAAUAUUUUCGGUAAUGUUACGUUUAUCCUAAUGUCUGCAGGUUAAAGUGGUUCUGUCUAGCACCCUUAUAGUACAACAAUUGCUACCUUCAUUUUUCUACUGUUUAUACUUUAAUCUUGAAUGUUUACUGGUUUCUACUUGUUGGAUAUAGUGGAGGGAGAGUAUAUCUUAGCACUACAGUUCAUCCAGCUUUAACUCGUAGGUCACAGUUCUAGAGUAGGAAGUUACUUUGAUAUAUUUUUGUGACCAAUUUAUUGCAUUUUUAAAUGAUUUCUACACUUAAGACACAACAUUUAGGACAUAAUAUAACAAAUGACUUAGCUAAUCGUUUUAUCUGUCUAGACUUACUCUCUUCUGCGUUAUGUUAGUGUCAUUUUGAAACUAUUUGUAUAUGUUGAGGUUUGUAAGGGUUCAGGAACCCACAAUAAAAAUAGUAAAGUAUAUAUUUAUUUCUCAUUAUAUUGCUCAAUUUUGAUUUAAAAGUUGACACUUACGUCUUUUCACAUAAUUGUAAACAAAUACCGAAAAACUGCUUCACCUAGGGUGCCUUCCAUGUGUGGUAUAAACACUUCUUGGUCAUAAAAAUAGAUAUGUAAACUUAUUAAACCUGUGAACACUAUUUUUGUAUUGUCUCACUAAUGCAUUGCUGGCUUUGUUGUGCUUUGACUCACUGACACCAGCCUUAUGGCUACUGUAGUCAUUUUUCUCCCUUUGUGCACUAAAUAGUAAAUUUGAUCUCAUGGUGAAAAGAUUGUAUCACUUUUGCUCUGCUCUGCUCUGCCUUCCACUGCUGCUGAAAGAUGGAGAAGCACAUUGAUGGUUAAGUGAGCUAAAACAUACUACAACUUUUUUUCCUUGAAACUUGUGUCAAUUCAUGGUCCUCUAGAAAAAUAUGGUAGAUGUGAUUUAAGCAUUCCUGAUUCUAGCUUGUAAUUUAUGAUGCCCUAGGAAGUGACAUCCAGGCUUGACUUAAAGGCUUCAUCCCACGGGGAUGUAAUUCCUAUACUGACAGUCUUGUAAUUGUGAACAGUUCAGAAGAAUUCUGUCUUGAGCUGAGCAAAGGGGAUGCAACUUACCUUUUACUGUAUGAGCGCAAUUCUGCUAUGUGAUAUCCUUAGUAUUUUGCUUUUGAAGUAAGAAAAAGUGUAACAUUUUGCCAAGGAAAAUCUUUUAAGUGUACUGUAUGUGCCAUUACAAAUGCAGAAUCUGACUCUGUUGUCCUUACUCAGGCAAAAUUGACUUCAGAGACUGCAGGAUCAGGUACCCAUUUAUCAUAAGCAUGUUUUGAUCAAUGAAUUUGAAGAAUAUCACAUGUUAGCAGAUGUUGGUAUAGUAACAGAAUACAGCCUGAAGCAAUUUCUUUUUAAUUUUGGUAAGUACUUUUGAAGCUAUCUCAAUAAAACUGCACACAAGGUCAGCUGAUAAAAUUGAUGCUUUCAGUAGAGAUGCCUGCCAGCUGUGUUCGCUGUCUUCUCGGUACCAGCAGCUGGAACUUACGAGUGCAAGUGUAGCAUCUUCCAGCUCUCUAUCUGAAAGUCACGCUGUUGAUGCUUUAAACAAUUUCACAGGCAAGGUCACUCAGCAAGAAAACACAACUCCUAAUGUGUUUUAUACCAGUAAUGAUUUUUUAAUAUGUUGUGCACUUCUUUUCUGUUGGUUCUUGAUGCUAAACAAAAAACACAAGUUGAAGGAUUGUGAUGUCUUGCAAUACAGAAAGCAGUCCAUGUUUUUAAAAUUCAUACCAUUAUAGCAUAAUUUAAAUGGUGUAUUUAUCAGUUUUAAAUGUCAUCUUGCUUGUCCAGUCUUUUGUAUAUGGGCACAAUAACUAUUUGUAAAUUUUUAUUUAGUUGUCUUUUCCUGUCUUUUUGUCUUUCUGAUAUUUGAAGAUUUGAGCUCUACAGAUUUUCAUGGUACUCCUCUAAUUAUGUCUUCGUAGUGGUAAAAGUCUGUAUUUUUGUAUGUAGGGAAAAUAGUAGUUUUCUAACACUUAUCUUGAUCAAUAUAGUAUGGAAUCAUUUGUGAAGGACUUCCUGUUUAAUAAAUGGAUAUGUUAAAGUA